UAUGAGAAGUGUUGGAGUGGAUGAUAUGAGAUUGUCCGGCGGGAGCUGGAAGAUUGGUGGUGGAUUGGUGGUGAUGAGGGAGGAGGUUUGUUUGUUAGAAGCGGGCACCUGCCAGCUUUAUACCUCUCUCCUGGACGCAGGUCUGCAGCAAGGCCUUCCCCUUCCAGUCGUUCCAAGCGCCCUCCCCUCGUGCGCCAUUGGACUCCGAGCAAGGCGCACGCCGUGCGGCACCACAGCCACACCCCUACCGUCCUAUCUAUCCAAGUGCCCGUCCAACCUGCCACUCUCGCGCCUCUCAUUCGCCAAUGGGCCUUCCCCCGCCUCAAUCGGCACGCAAACAAUCAAUCCCAGCUCAGCUGAGCCACGUCAGCCACGGCCGCACUCCACUUCAACGGCCGCCAUUGGGUGCAUGCACGUUGCUUUCGUAACCUGCUCGCGCCCGUGGGCGCCGGCAUGCGGGAUUGUGGCAUGUGCGGAUGGGAGAAGGCAGCGCUAAGUCGCACCAAGCUUUUUUAGCGUGUACUUGGCGCCGAAAAUGCCUCACUAAAGCAAGGCACAAGCUUUCCGUAAGCCUUUCGGCGACUUGGCGGUGAAUGGAAUGCAGGGUUAAUUCCAGGCUUGUCGUGCCCACUGUGGCUGAGGUGAUGUCGUCGCGCAGCCGGGUGGAGUUGCCAUGACGAUGUUAGAUGGCAAGUACGCGUUUGAGACGUCUGCUGUGCUGUCACUGCGAUCCAGGCAUUCCAUGCGCACGAUCAUCAAGUAACGAUCGUGUUUGCAUCCCGCGUACGAAAGAUCGAUCAACGCUGGAAGGUCGGAAGGGCCGCGACGGACUCGAGAACGGCCCGACUAUGGUAUCGCGCAGGAACACAGGCUUUGAUCAUCGGGACCCUGCUAGCUGAAGCAACAAGGAGACGC